AUGAACUACGGCCAGCAACCAAAGUCUGUCCUCGAGACCUACAUCGAGCGGGCCUGUGACCCUUCACGCUACGAACCAGACCUGGCCCUCAACCUCGAGAUUUGCGAUGUCAUCAAAGAGAAACAAAAAAACACGCAAGUCAACCAGCCUACCGUUCUCAGCAUUUCGGCGGCAGUCUAUAUCGUUCGCCUUAUCAACAACCGUAACCUCCACGUCAGCAUGCUCGCCCUUGCCCUGCUGGACAAUUGUGUCAAGAACUGCGGAUACCCUUUCCACCUCCAGAUCGCAACCAAGGAAUUCUUGAACGAGUUGGUCAGAAAGUUUCCAGAGCGACCCCUGGCUGUGUACACGCCCGCGCAGAACAGGAUCCUGGAGUUGAUUCAGGAGUGGUAUCAGACUUUGUGCAAGUCUUCGCGGUACAAGGAGGAUCUGGUCCAUAUAAAGGAUAUGCAUCGACUUUUGUCAUACAAGGGAUACCGGUUUCCUCAACUCAAGGGCGCUUCUGCCUCAGUGUUGAACCCUGUUAACACUCUCAAAUCUCCUGCUGAGCUUGAGGAGGAAGACAGAGCAGCACAGUCAGCUAAACUGCAAGAGCUCAUCCGUCGCGGACGCCCAGAGGACGUCGUGGCUGCCAACGAGCUGGUCAAGAAGAUGACAGGAUACGAGCAAGAAGAAAGGCCCGAUUACGAGGAGGAAGCGUCGUCGGAACUUGACAAGAUUCUUCUUAAAGCAAUCUUGCUGACAGAGAUGCUGAACGAAGUCAAGCCAGGCGAGUCCAUCGGUCGCGGCGACAAGUUUGAGGAACUUCUCAGUGCAUGCAAAGCAGCACAACCCAAGGUCCAAAAGUUCAUCGGCGAGGCAUCAGACGACGAUGACAUGGAGAAACUGCUUCAGACCAACGAUGUUAUCAACAAUGUGAUUGAGCAAUACAGCCAGGUCAAGAGUGGCCGCUUAGUUAAAGCAGCGGUUCCUUCAGUCGGACAUGACGAGAACAACAACACUGGAUCCAGUGGAGCACCAGCACAGAGCGAGUCAUCGUUGAUCGAUUUGGUUGAUUUUGGUGGUCCAGAUGACAACAGCUCGCCAAUAACAACAUCAGCAGCUCCUCCACCACCUACGACAGGCAACUUGAUGGACGAUCUGAUGAGUCUUAACUUUAAUGACGGACCACCACCAGCAUGGGGUGCAGCAGGAAGCAUUUCUCUUGGUCGAUCCAUAUCCCCAGCGGCUUCAUUCAACUCCAACUCUUCAUCAUCCUUCAACACUGGUGCCCCUCCAGCUUACAAUGUCCUUUCUUCGUCAUUUGGAGGAAACAACACGUCUAGUUCUGGAUCGCCAGCAUUCUCUAACAGUCCUAUGAUGCAACCCAUGUCGAGCUCCUCUAAUACAAAUACCAACGCCAACUCUGGAUUCGACGAUUUUGACUUUAUCUCCAACACCGGAACUACCCAAUCUGGACCCACCACCGUGGUGUUGUUGAACAAAAAUGGAUUGUUGAUUGAGCUGGAUAUUGAGUAUGUGGUCCCAGGAGACGUGAGUUCGAUCAAAGUGGUAGCACUUUUCUCCAACGCACACAGCAGCGCUAUGUCCAGUCUGACAUUCCGUGUUGCAGUCCCCAAGAGUUUGCAGUUGCAAUUAAACCCCCAGUCUGGUCAAGUAUUGGCACCGUUCUCGAAGCGAUCGGUGACACAGUCGUUGAGUAUCAACAACCCCACUCGCCAACAACCUGUCCGAAUCAAGUACCAUGUCUCGUAUGUUGUUGAUGCUAGAACGAUAGAAGAGCAGGGCGAGUUCAACCAGUUUCCUCUGGUGUAA